AACAACGACAUCUCCAUCUUUGAGGCCAUAGGAGCCCAGGGUACGGUGGUCAUCAGCCAGGAGUCGCUCCGUGUAGAUGAUCUGGAUCUCAUCGGCGGGGACACGGGACUCGAGCUCACAGAGGAUGCGGAAGUUGCAGAGUUCAAAGUCGGGGCUGACCUGGAGGGAGAAGGUGGUCUCGGAGAGGUCCCUCCGCACACAGUACACCAGAGCAAUCACCUCACAGACUUGUACCGAAGAGAUGAGACCAUCCAGGUGACAGGAAACGGCCACGUGCAGAGUCCCCGCUUCCCGAACAGCUACCCCAGGAACCUGCUCCUGACGUGGCGGCUCCGCUCCCAGGAGAAAACGAGGAUACAGCUAGCCUUUGACCAUCAGUUUGGAUUAGAGGAAGCAGAAAAUGAUAUCUGUAGGUAUGAUUUUGUGGAAGUUGAAGAUAUAUCUGAAACCAGCACCGUGAUCAGAGGACGAUGGUGUGGACACAAGGAAGUUCCUCCAAGGAUUACAUCAAGAACAAACCAAAUUAAAAUAACAUUCAAGUCCGAUGACUACUUUGUGGCUAAACCUGGAUUCAAGAUUUAUUAUUCUUUUGUGGAAGAUUUCCAACCCGCAGCAGCCUCAGAGACCAACUGGGAAUCAGUCACAAGCUCUAUUUCAGGGGUGUCAUAUCACUCUCCAUCAGUAACGGAUCCCACUCUCACGGCGGAUGCUCUGGACAAAACAGUUGCAGAAUUCGACACUGUGGAAGAUCUGCUCAAGCACUUCAAUCCAGACUCGUGGCAAGAAGAUCUUGAGAAUUUGUAUCUGGACACCGCUCGUUACCGAGGCAGGUCGUACCAUGACCGCAAGUCAAAAGUGGACCUGGACAGGCUCAACGAUGACGCCAAGCGUUACAGUUGCACUCCCAGGAACUACUCGGUCAACUUAAGAGAAGAGCUGAGGCUGACCAGCGUGGUCUUCUUCCCACGGUGCCUCCUGGUUCAGCGCUGUGGAGGAAACUGUGGCUGUGGAACUGUCAACUGGAGGCCCUGCACAUGCACGUCAGGGAAAACUGUGAAAAAGUAUCACGAGGUAUUGCAGUUUGAACCUGGCCCUUUCAAGAGGAGGGGCAGAGCUAAGACCAUGGGUCUUGUGGACAUUCAGCUGGAACACCAUGAGCGGUGCGACUGUAUCUGCAGCUCAAGACCACCUCGAUAAAGGAUGUGCUCAUACUUACAUUAAGCAUGAAAGAACCUUUAGUUUAAUGAGGGUGUGGUAAGGAACCUACUUCCCACCAGCAGCCAAACUCACUACUAGCCUACAAUGCAAUGAACACAAGUGGUUGCUGAAUUUCAGCCUAGCUUUGUUAGUACCAUGGCAAGUAGAAAGGUAUAUCAUCAACUUCUUUAUCCAAGAAUAUAGGAUUGCAUUUAAUAAUAGUGUCUGAGGAUAUAUAUAUAUAUACACGCACACACAGAUAUAUAUGUCCAUGUCUAUGUGUAAAUAGAUCAAAUGGUUUAUUCAGUAUAUAUAACCAGGUACCCCCAGAGCUUCUAUAUAGUUGAGUUAUUUAGACCCUUAAAAUCUUUUGAUAAAAUUAAAAAUGAUCAAAAAUAUGAAACAUGUCUUUGGGACAUUCAAAAGAUGAAUUUAUUUUUCAAUUUUAAAUCCCAAAACAAUUUGUAAUCUUGCACUCUUUAAAAAAAGGUGUCUUGUACCUUAAAGAUGAGCUUUUCUUAUGUAUACAUAUCACUUGAUUAUGAAAAAAAGGAAAAAAUAUUGUUUCUGGGAAAAAGGCAAAUACCUAAAUAUUUUUUCCAUGAGCUGCACUACACACUUACCUAUGUAGACAACAAUAACCUGUCUCCAAAACCAUGCCAUGAUAAUAUAGGUGCUUUAGAAAUCAAGUCCUUCAUUAAGUCUUUUUUAUGCAUUUAGCUGAGGCAUGCUAAUUCAUUUAACACCUGUCUCAUGAAAAAAAUUACUCAGAAGGUUUAUUAUUAUAACCCUACAAGAGACAACAUAUAAGCCAUAGCAGAAUUUUGAAUUAUAUUUGUUUUCAAGACCCCUCCACAAAAGCGAGUCCUUUCAAGAGUGGUAUGGGGAUUCUAUUUGAACCUUUCAAAAUGGUAUUCAUUGGAAUAUUGGAGUAGUUGAGAGUUUUAAAAGUGAGCAUCGACCUAACUGGAAAUUAGAUGGAUGACUUGAUAGGAUCCAUAUAUAGCAAUGAAUUCAACCUCUCCAAACCAUGCCAAUUAAUUUGAGGUAUCUUGCUUUUGUUCCUGUCUCUCUGAUACAUAGACAUGGUUUUACGAUGGUAUUUUGCAUCUGGCAAGCCCUCGUGGAUUAUUCAUCGCCUAAAAGCUUUUGUGUUAUCAAUGAAGCAACGAAAUUUUAAUUGAUGCAAAUCUCUAAUCAUAUACUUGCUCACCGUUCCGAAUUCCUGUUUCUGAACUAAGUGAAACGAGUCCUGGGGUUUCUGGUUCUUUCUAAAUCUAUGGAGUUUGUUCUAAGAAGUUGUUAAUUGUGGAAGCACACGUUUGGCCCUGCUCUCCCAGUAGAAAACUGUUUCACAUUGGUUGUUGGUAUUUAGAGGAAAUCUUCCUCCCCGGCUCCUUCGUGUUUAUUUUAAAGGAGAUUGACUCCAGGGGUAGGAAAUGAUUCAUCAUCCUCCAAACCAAGAUGCUUAAGAGAGCAACACUGAAAUCAAGAUAGCUCAGGGGCUGCUCACAGAGAACUCCAUUUUUCUUCCUGCCGGAAAGUGAAAAGGAGAGCCAAUUUCUUCUGUGAGUCUACGUCCCUAUGGGUUACAACCGGUUUGGGUGAGAAAUCCGUGACAGGGCCGGUUAAGUCCCAGUUGUCACAUGAGUGGCCUAAAUACACUUUAUUUCUAAGUAUGGUUCUCAGGUCCAAGUUCAACUAUUCUUAAGUAGCUCAAUUCUUCUCCACCCUUUGAGAUGAAAGACCUGUGCUUAUUGAAGAUGAACCUUCUAAAACUUUCCUAAAAAUGUCCGAUGUUUUGACUCAGGGAGUGGUAAAAUUAAACACCCCAAUUGUUCCAUUCUCCAGAAUCCCAGAGCACAAUCAGAAAUAACCCAGAGCCCAGGCAGACACCAGUAAUCCGGAUCCCCUUUUUCCCCCUCCAUGACCACUUGUAAGUUUCCUGUGAAAACACUGGCUUCCUGUACCAAAAUCAAAAUGAGUCUGAUAUCACUCGAGCUUGAACAGCUCGCAUCGCAGCUGUAAAUAUGAAAAAUUAGAGCGUUCUACCCAAUUUCCAAUAAACCUUCCAGGCUGCAAUAACCAGGAUGAUUUUCAGUUAAAGUCCUAUCUGUACUUUUUAUUUAUUAGCUGAAAGUGUAAGCAGGCAUAUUCACUCACUUUUCUUUGUCUUUCCUGCGAGUUUUAUUAAAACUUCUCCCUUGGUUAUCUGUUAUCUAUUGCACUUCCAACGUGUAGCCAAUAAAUCUGUUUCAUUGCCAUCAAAGGAAUAAAAAGCUCACCAUACAAAUUACAUUUCAAAACAAACCCUAAUAAAUCCACAUUUCUGCAUGGCUCACUCACCUGGAAUAGUGCCUUUCAUUCAAUAUGUUCUAACAGGGCAGAACACUUUCAUAAGUAGAUUUUUUUAUGUUUUCUUGUCAUAUCGGUAACAUGCAGCUUUUUCCUCUCAUAGCAUUUUCUAUAGCAAAUGUAACAUGCCUCUUAUCUUCAUGAAAAAUAAAUAUUGCUUUUGAACAAAACUA